ACUAAUAGCAUGUUCAUCUGUGGCCAGGCCCAGCCAAAUCCCCCUAGCCGCCGCCGCACCACUCCCCCACCGCGGCCGACCUCAACUCGCCCGUCGCCAUGGCUGCACCUCUGCCCGCUCACGAGCCUCCACUCCGCGCUCAGCUCUACGACACCCGCGACGCAGCGCGCGCCGCCCUCCGCUGCCAAAUCGGCGGCCACUGGGCCACGCUCUGCGCCGGCUACGCCGACCGCCGCGCGCCGCCGCCUUCCGGCGGUGGAGCCUCUCUCAUGGAGGAUUACACCGGCUGCCCCGCGCUAGCCGAGAUCAUCCGCAUCCUCUCCGUGAAGCGCCAUCGUCGCGGGAGGACUUCAUUGCCUGGCUCGCCGACAACUUCAUGACGAGGCCCGCGUCCGCGUCUUCCCGUGCAACCUCCUCGAUGGCGCCGCCAUGCUCGCCGCCGCGCGCGGCUGCUACGAUAUCUUCCACCUCGCCUUGCCCUGCACCGUCGACCGCGUCCUGGACCCCCAAAAGGAGCGGGUAGCGCCGGCCGUGGAAGGGACGCUCCACGUGCUGCGCGCCGCCAAGGAUGUCGGGGGCGUGGGCCGGGUGGUGGUGACCUCGGCCAUCUCCGCCGUCGUGCCUAGCCCGGGCCGGCCGGCCGGGGAGGUCCUCGAUGAGAGCUGCUGGACCAACAUCGACUACUACUGCGACAAGAACAGGAUGAUUCCGCCAAGGAUCAAUGCUAGCAUAGCCAUGUUUCUUCACUUGAAGGUUGCCCAGAGGAGUAUAAGGAUUUCCUCAUCGGGCCAGUCCACGUGGAACAGAACAAGAUGAGUAUAAGACAAACGCUGUUUGUUGAUGCCAUCAUGCCUGGCUGUUUCGACUGCUCCUCCGCCCACAAUUCGGCCAGGCUCACGUGGUGUCACGAGCGGGGAACAAAGGGACGUCUUCCGUUACAGAGAAUUUCUAGAGGACUCAGAUUUGAUACCACAACUUCAAUCUUCUGAAGUGGCCAAGGUUGGAACCAAGGAAUAAGGCACCAGGUUGUGCAGGUUGUGUUUCGCUGUUUGUUGCAGAGAGCAGCCAAUAUGAAUGAUCCACACCGGGCUUCAAAGAGAUAGUCCAGUUCAUCUACGAGUUCAUCCUACCAUGCUUUCCUACUUCCAACUUCCAAUGUAUUUUGUGACUGAGAUUGUGCACAUAAGCUAUUUGUGAGAAUGUCAGCAAACGAUGAUAUUAGAUUAUGCAAAGCUUUCCGGUGGUUGAAUGGCUCUCACAUGUUCUACUGCUGCAAAUUUGUGUCAUCAAGGUUACCCCCUUCAAAUUUAAAUAUACUUCUGAUUUUGCAUUUUAUGAUGAAUAACAGUGUGCCUGCAAUUAGUUUGUAAUCAUCCUUUUCCGUUGCCGAGGGGUGUUCUCCAUUGGCGAUGAUCCAACAACUGAUGCUUCAUUUUCGGAUUAAAGAUAGGUCAAACUGACUAAAAAAUCCUUGAAGGUAGAGGAUACACAAUCUUUACUGCAUUUUUAUGGGUGUCUCCAUUAUUGCACACACUUUGAUACCUCCUACUAAUGGAAUGUAUUUCCAAGAAAAAUAUCUGUACGUACAAAGUACAUAUCUACAAGUAAUUCACUCAUUUUUAAUGAUACUUCACGCGCUGUUUGCUAAGUUCUAUUUUUAUUUUAUCAAGCUUUACUAUGCUUUAAAUUAUACCAAUACUAUAUUUGAAGUGUGUUCAAGUUACCAGCCAUGGUAUUCAUCUUCUUUCUCCUUUUUUUUGGUGGAUUUUAUUUUGAUAUGUAGAAACAGCCACCCUACUGUGUACUCAGGAAAGGAACAUGCUUUGUUCUUUUAUCUACAUUGUUUCUAUAGCUUAUAUACUUCAGAUUUUCACUAUCGUAGUGUUGUCUCCCUUUCUAGAAAGCCAUGGAAACUAUAAUUUUACUCUCGUCGGUUUGUUUUUUUGUACUAUGAUUCGAUGGCCAUGGUCGAAGAACAUGACGACAUAGUUUACUGCCUGAAAAAUGCCCAGGCUCAUUGGCGACAGUGAAGUGUGUGUAGCUUAUGUUCAGUCAAGAGUCGUACCUUAACAUAAUUUGCAUUAAGAAUUAUUAUUGUGUGCGAUAAAUAAGGAAAUGCACUACAUGAUAUGUAAAGACAUGAUUUAUGUUGAACCACGUGAAGUGAAUGUGAUGGUUGUUGCAACACAUGAGGAAUUAGAAGUCGGUGCAGGGAGGGGCUUGAGUUUGUUUCUCCCGUUGCAACCCACGGGCAUUUGUGGUAGUAAUAAUAAAGGACGGUUUGACUUUGUCGGGUUCACCGUCACGGAUCUUUUGUGAAAAAGCCCCUGUGGUUUUUGAUAUUCAGUCUGCACUCCAAAUCAAACCGGUACGAGGGGGAAAAUAACGCAGCCAUGCUCUGCCUCGUAGCGCUCCCCCCGUGCCGCCGGCCGCCUCCUCACUGCGUCGCGCCGCCGCUCCACAAAACUCCCGCCGAACCACACCUCCUAUCCCCUGGCUACUGCCUCCCACCUCUAAAGCUCUCGCCAUGAGCUAUAUCUGGCGCCACCACCCCUCAUCGCCCUCGGCUGGGCUUCCCUCAAUCCCCCACCGCUCCCAAAGCGCCGCCCGCGAUAGAUCUAAGCUGGCAACCGCCCCAGCAUGCCUCCCGGCAGCGGAUCCAGGCCGACAACUACUCCCCUCCUCCCCCGCGACUGAUUGCCUCCACUACCCUCCCUUCCAUCUUAGGGUCUGGAGAGCCCCAGCCGCCACGCUCCCUCUUUCCUCUCCUCUGCGUCAAGAUCGACUGUGAGCUCACUGGUGCCUGCUCUCUGCCGACCUUCCCUUCCCAGCCGCCUCACGACAUGCAGUACGGGGUGGCGAAGCCGUGCAGUUCAUCGUGUCCGUCCCGUCAUGUACCUUCUCGGUGUUGGCCCCCGAUCCCCAUGAGCAUACCCUCCCCUAUUUUCUCUGUGUCACCGACCAUGGCAACCACGAGGCUGGAAGGGGUCUCAUGGACCCGAGAGUGCGAGAGGAGUAACAGCGCUGGCGCUGACGCCUAGGAAGACCGUAGUGUGGUGCUCUGCUGUAUGGAUUCCUCUCCCAUGGAGUUCAAAGUUUUUGCAUUUUUGUUUCAGUUUUUUUAUGUGCAAAAAUACAGUUCAGUGCAGUUCUUUCUUCUCUUUGGGCUUAGGUUCUCUAGAUGAUGUUUGCAUCUGGGUUGUAAAAUGUUGCCCGCAUCAAGUGCAAUUCAGAACUUACAAGUUCCGUUGUCAGUCUCCUGUGCAGUUCAUUACAGUAGAAUUUUCAUGUGUUUGAUUCAGUUAUCUUUGCUCUGUUCUAUGUCAUGAGGCUGCAGUCCCAUGAUCUCCUGUUUACCGGCGUCACCCCGGUCUAUCUAAGUAGUUGGGUGGGGAUUGGGGGUGUCACUGGGCAUCCAAAUGACGAGUUCCCGCCGUGAGCUGGUGCUGUGCUCCUCGCCGCUGGUGGUCGUGCUACAACAACGUGCAGUUCACCGGGCUGUGUCAUGUGGUUCACCAGGCCGUGGAGUGUGGUUUACCGGCCGACAGCGUGCGGUUUGCCGGGCUGUGUGUGUUCUUCUUUGGCUAGGAACUGGUUCACCAGAUCACUCCUUCAACAAGAGCUAGCUAUAUGUUCAUGAGUUUCAUGCGUUUAUGUUUCGGGCUGCAGAAUUAAUGAGCACUCACAAAGGACAAGCCAUCAAGGUGUUUUUCUGCGCAUAUGUAGUUCAAGUGGAAGAUGGGGCAUUGUGCCUUCUCCAACUCCUUCCGAUCUGUUGAUCAAGUCAAGAGAAUAAGAGCAGUGACGAUUACCUUUUCUUGCUAAACUUUCCCGUCAAUGCCUAAUAUGUGUGUUUUUCUUCCUAAUGGUGUCAUGCUUCGAUUUGAUUUCUUUCAUGAGGAAGUGAAUAGCACUGAUUAUUGCACGUGCUUAUACAUUUCAAAUGGAUUGCUAGGUUAAAUGGUAUAGUGUUCAAAGCUCUUAGUUUUUCUGAACGGUCUAAUAAUUAUUCAGUUUACUAAACUACUGAACUACUUCUUUGGGUCUGAAUUUGCUGAAUUAUCGAACGGUCUAAGAAUUAUUAAGUUUACUAAACUGCUUCUUUGGGUCUGAAUUUUCUGAAUUGCUUCUUUGUGUCAAAAUUGCUAGGUACCCUGGAAUAUAUGGAAGUGCGGAAACUCCAAGCUCUUUCAGGAUGUUUUUGAGGAAUUGCACAUUACUGCUAGCAAGAUUGCUGAUGAUCUUAUGUUGUAGUCCAACAUGUAUUCAAAUGAAAUUAACAAAGGCAUCCUUAGAGGUUGGAGCA